AUGCAGAAGAAUGAAAUUUGCAACCGGAUUCUUGAGCAUUAUAUGCGUGUGGGUAAACUAGGCAAUGAAGCUAGUCAGUAUAUAACUCGUGAACCAGCAGUACUAACCCACGAGCAGCAGUUAGAAUACGAGCGCAUUUCCCUUGAACGCGAGAAACUUGCAGCACAGAAAUUAGAAUCAGAGAGACAAUUUGCAUUGUUGGAAAAACAAGCCGAAGAGAAACGGUUAGAGUCAGAGAGACAAGUUGCAUUGUUGACAAAACAAGCAGAGUUAGAGUCAGAGAGACAAAUGUCAAAACUUAAAUUAGAAUUCGAGAUGGAGAAGGCUAAACUUCAGUUAGCUUCAGAGAGAGAGAAAGAAAAACUGGACUAUGAAGCGUCGUUAGCACUUAAAUUUGAACAGGAAAAAGCAAAGCUUUCUAGAGAGAAUAAGGAACAUGAAAUUUCGGUUUUGGAAGCUCGGGAGAAACCCUUUGAUUUAGCAAAAAACAUUACGUUGGUUCCCACAUUCACAGAUUAUGACCCUGAAGAUUAUUUUAAGACUUUUGAAGAGACUGCCUUGCAUUUGGAUUGGCCACGCGAUCAGUGGGUUUGGCUAUUAAGGCCGAAAUUAACUGGGAAAGCUGCGAAAGUUUGUAGACAUCUCGAAAAUACUACAGAUUACCAGAAUGUUAAACAAGCAAUUUUGGAUGCUUUUUCAAUCUCUGUCGAGGGAUAUCGUCAGACCUUUCGUAACAAAACUAAGUUCACAACUCAAACCUACGUAGAAUUCCCUUCAGAGAAAUUAAGGGAGUUUAAGAAAUGGGUAAAAUCUGCUGCAGUAAGUACUUUUGCUGAAUUAGAGAAUUUGAUUGUACUUGAAGAGUUUAAACGAAAGCUUCCUUUGAACAUUAUGAUGUAUUUAGAGGAUAGGGAAGAAAAAGACUUGUUAAAGGCAGCUUCUCUGGCAGACACUUACUCUUUAAUACAUAAAUUUGGCAACAGUAAGAGAACCGACCAGAAUGUAAAACCAUUUCCAGCUAAAAACUUUGAAACUCUGACUAAUAUGGCAAAAGCGUCUAAUGUACGUUGUAGUUAUUGUAAGAAAGACGGUCACACAAUUAAAAACUGUCCAGAUCCUAAAUGUAAAACUUCCUUGCCUUUUCGGAACCCAUUUAACACUUUUCUUAACUUUAAAGGUAAAACAGAUGAUCAGAUUAAGCCUGUCUCCCAUAUCCAUUCUGAAAAGCCUGUAAAUCUAUUUGAUGAUUUUACUUUUGAUGGAACUGUAGCUUUGAACUCUGAUGGGGAUAAGUAUAAAGUCAGGAUACUUCGUGACACAGGUGCUUCGCAAAGUUUACUUUUGAGAAAUGCUCUCCCAAAUAUUGAAGCUAACGUAACUAAUGAACAUGUUCUCGUGAAAGACCUUUCACAAAUAUCUAAAGUUCCCCUUGCUAAUGUUCAUCUUGAUUGUCCUAUAAAGAAGGGUAAUGUGCUGGUAGGCAUAAGAGAUAUUGAAUUUCCAGUAAAAGGUGUAACUUUAUUAUUGGCUAAUGACCUUGCAGGACAUUUGGUAGUUCCCAAUGUCAUUGUAAUGGAAAAACCUGUAGGUGAAAACAUUGAACCUGAUCCCGAUUGCUCUGUAAAUUCUUCUUGUGUUGUCACUCGUAGCCAGAAAUCUAGUUCGGAUUAA